AUGUCUGGCCUUCAAAUCGACCCCCCCUUUAGCCAGGGUGUAGGCUAUGCCCUUAUACUUGGUAUCGGUUCUUUAUUUACAAUCGGAAUGAGUAUCGUUUCAUGGGGAUUAAGUCGCUUCUUCGCCGAACGCCAAACUUCAGAGAUGUUUAUGACAGGAAAAAGAUCUGUGAAAACUGGCUUGACAGCCUCUGCAGUGGUAUCAUCAUGGACCAUUGCUGCAACUCUGCUUACUUCAAGCACAGUAGGGUAUACGCAAGGCAUAUCGGGGCCAUUCUGGUAUGGGGCUGGAGCUACUGUACAGAUCUUGCUGUACUCCGUUGGCGCAAUCGAAAUCAAGCGGAAAGCCCCCAAUUGUCAUACCCUGUUGGAAUUUACCAGGAAACGAUAUGGACCAGUCGGCCAUCUCACUCUUGCCUUCUAUUCGCUUUUCUUUCUAGACGCGGCUUGUUUUCUCUUCCCGAUUGGUGUUGUGAUAUAUUCUCUUGCGGGCGGUAUCAAAGCUACGUUUCUAACCGAUUGGGUGCACACAGUGGUCAUAUACAUCAUCAUGAUCAUGUCCCUUUUUGUCGUCUUCGCCACGUCAAAUGUUGUGGGAUCUUCCGACGCCAUGUUCGAUCUUCUACAAAACGCACAAAAGCUACACCCGGUAGCGGGAAACGCAGAGGGAUCUUACCUUACCAUGAAAAGCGUAGAAGGGGGCUUUUUCGGACUCAUCAUCCUAGGUGCCGGCUUUGCUGGAUCUGUUGACCCUCAGCUGUCUCAGAAGGCCAUCGCCGCUAACCCAGGAUCCACCCUAAUGGGCUAUCUACUCGGUGGUUCGGCCUGGUUCACCAUCCCUUUCUGCCUUGCUACGACAUAUGGCCUUCUCGCCGCUGCAGUCGAGCAGCUCCCAGUCUUUCCUACCUACCCCCAUCCAAUGAACGCCUUUGAAGUGGCAUCUGGGAUGGCUAUGCCUUAUGCAGCUUUGGCAGUCAUGGGCAAGGGUGGUGCUAUGGCGAUCUUGCUAAUGGUUUUCAUGGCUGUCACAUCUGCUCUGUCUUCGGAAACAAUGGCGGUUACUGCCUUGAUGACAUAUGACGUUUACCAAGCUUAUAUCAAUCCAAAAGCCACAGGCAAACAGCUUGUUCGCUUCGGGCACUGUAUUGUUCCAGUGUUUGGCCUCUUUGUAGCCAGCGUGGCUGUGGGUCUCAACCACGCAGGUUUCAACGUCUCAUUCAUUAUCACAGCAGUCGGCGUUUUUGUUGCGUCCGCUUUCAUCCCUCAAGCUUGUACCAUAUUCUGGGGCAAACAGGGACUUCUCGCGGCUGUCGGAGCCCCGCUUAUUUCGUCCGCUGCAGCAAUUAUCGCCUGGUUUAUGGUUGCCAAGCAUGAAAGUGGCUAUAUUUCCAUAACAACGUUAUCGGGAAAUCUCGCUUUAGUCGCUGGCAACAUGACCUCCUUCGCUGGCCCCAUUGUGUUAACACCUCUUUUGAGCUACAUCAAACCCCAAAACUACGACUGGAAUCUACUUAAGGAAAUCAAGCAAGCGGAUGACGCCGACGAGGGAACCAGUGGCAUCAUGGAGUCAUCAACUCACACUAAUUUAGAGGCAGAGGAAACUAUGACGACCAAUUCAGAUGCUCAGAUGAAGGCUGAAAAUGCAAUGCUUCUUAGAGCUCGAACGAAGGCCAUAUGGGCAUCGGUGUCCCUUACUUUAGUCUACCUCCUCCUAUGGCCGAUUCCAAUGUAUGGCACUGGCUACGUGUUCAGCAAAGGCUUUUUCAAAGGCUGGGUUGUCGUUUUGUUUCUUUGGGCAUUCUAUGCAGCGUCAACCAUUACCCUUUUACCGUUGUGGGAAGGCCGGCAUAGCAUCAUCGCUUUUUUCAGAUUCUUGUUUAAGUCUAAAGGCAAAACAGCUGCUGAAACAAGAGUGAUUCUUGAAGGACUGCCCGAGAACCAGGGACGUCCAGAUGAUGGUGUUUCUCACAAUGUAACGAGGAGCGAGAAAUGUGUCACAGCUGAUGUGUCACAGUAG